AAUGUACCCUCCCGCGCCUCACUCUUCCUCCCUUGCCCAAGUUUCGCCGCAAAUUAUUACCCGGCUGACGCAAACGGCGCGCGCUCGGCGCCCGCCACCGCUACUGCCAGUCAGUCAUCGAGCGGCGGUCGUUGGUGGUACUGUAACGAAGUCUAUAAAAUAUUUUUAACUGUUUAAGUGGCAUGCGCGCUUUUUAUUAAUUCUUGAAUAAAAACAAAAAGUCCAAAAGGAAUACAGUGGUCGGACGAGUGUCAGUGCAGUGUAUGAAUAACUUAACUAAAUUGUUUCCGUAAUCCGCGAUCGUUUUACUUUUGUGGUGUGUUUAUGUUGGAAGCGCGGCGCCCGUUCCGUCCGGCGCGCCAGAGGGACGUCGCCCUCGACUAGUCCCAAUAGAGAUGAAGCGGCGGGCGUGUUUGGUGGGCAUGACGGCGCGCGCGGGCGGUGGUCGGUGAGAUGGACCACGCGGUGAAGGCGAUGUCGGGGCGAGGGUGGUGGGAGCGACUGGUGGCCCGGCGCCGCUUCGAGUCGGCCGAGCUGGAGGAGCUGUACGCGCGCUACGCGUGCAAGCUGCAGCGCGCUUCCGUCGGCUCCGCGCUCGCGCUCUGGGCACUGCUAGCCGCUGCCCUCGCUGCCGCUGACGCCACUCGCGGCUGGUCUAAUGCACCACAGGUGGGUGUGCUGAGCGUGCACGCAGUGCUGUGUGCGGGGCUGGCAUGGUGGUGUGGUCGGUCCGGUGGCGUGGCGCCAGAGCGGCGACUCCCGCGCGCUUGCUGGCUGGCGUUGGCAGGCGGGGGCGCCGCGCUGGCCGCCACACUUCCGUGCUGGGGUCCCGGGUCGGCGGCGGAGGGCGCCACGCAUGUCGUGUGGGCGGUGUUCGCAGCCUACGCCCUCCUGCCCGUCGGAGCACCCGUCGCUGCCACCUUCGGCAUCCUGCUUCCAACUACGCACACCAUUGCCGCUGCCUUAGUCGCCCACCGAUUCCCAUAUCACGUCUUGGAGCAGAUGGUGGCAAACGUGGUGGUGUUCGUAUGCGUGAACGUGGUGGGCGCGCUAAUGCACUCCCUGAUGGAGACUGCACAGCGGCGCGCCUUCCUCGACACCCGCAACUGCAUCGCCGCGCGCCUAGACAUGGAGGAUGAAAACGAAAAAUUGGAACGUCUACUGCUAUCAGUGCUGCCUCAACACGUGGCAAUGGAGAUGAAGAAUGACAUCAUAUCGCCUGUAGAGGGACAGUUCCACAAGAUCUACAUACAGAAGCAUGAGCAAGUCAGCAUUCUGUUCGCGGACAUCGUAGGCUUCACGGUACUCGCAUCGCAGUGCAGCGCCCAGGAGUUAGUGCGUCUGCUCAACGAACUCUUCGGACGAUUCGACCAACUUGCCAAUGACAACCACUGUCUUCGCAUUAAGAUCCUCGGCGACUGCUACUACUGCGUGUCCGGGCUGCCAGAACCGCGCGCAGACCACGCGCGAUGCACUGUCGAGAUGGGCCUCGAUAUGAUUGAUGCCAUCGCUUCUGUGGUAGAGGCGACGGAUGUGCAGUUGAACAUGCGUGUAGGUAUACACACAGGCCGCGUGUUGUGCGGCGUGCUCGGCCUGCGUAAGUGGCAGUACGACGUCUGGUCCAAUGAUGUUACUCUUGCAAACAACAUGGAAGCCGGCGGGGAACCGGGACGUGUGCACGUGACGCAGGCGACGCUGGAGUGCCUCGGCGGCGCGUACGAGGUGGAGCCUGGCCACGGUGGCACUCGCAAUGCCUACCUGCGCGACCACUCCGUGCAGACCUACUUCAUUAUACCGCCGCCCAGACGACGAAAAAUGUGCCUUUCCGCGGGCGUGGGCCUUGGUUCGGGGUCACGUCGCAAGCUCUCCUUCAAGAACGUCUCUAACGUUGUAGUGCAACUGCUGCAUUCCAUCAAGUUCAAUGUCGAUGUACCCUUCUCCAACAUGGCCGCUUCGCCACAAGAACUGAAGGCAAACGCCGCCAGGAAGAAUAAAGUGACAGAGAAGUUCAAGCGUCCAUUGAAAAAGCGGCACUCAUCUGUGUACCAUCAGCCGACCAACCGCGUCAACAAGUACCUCGCGCAGGCGAUAGACGCGCGCUCCGUGCACCGCGAGAAGGCCACACAUGUUCACCUCCUCACGCUCUGCUUCAAGGACGCAGAGAAAGAGGCACAGUAUCGGGCGUCAACAGACGGUGGAUGGGCGGGGUCUUUAGGGGCGGCGCUGUGCGCUCUGGCGGCGGGCGGCGUGUUGCAAGCGGCCAUAUUACCGCGCACCACCAUCCUGCUGCUGCUCUUUGUCACCGCCUUUGCGUGGUCAGCUGCAGUGCUGGCUCUCACCCUGGCGGCGCGACUGAGGCUAAUACCCUGCGAUGUAUCUCGACCAUUCGCUCUCAGGAACGCGAUUACGACCUUUACGAUUGUUCUGGGUUAUGCUGUUGGACAAGUUAAUGUGGUGACAUGCCGUGAGAUCGACGUGUGUCGGAACUUAACCGAGAAUGUAACAACAAUGUCAGAGAUCCGUGAACUGCGCGGAGGUCUAGCAGCCGCGCUGUGGUCAGCGGGAGACCACCGCGCCUGUCCAGUACCGCUGUACAUCGCACUGGGUUGCUGUCUCGCUGUCCUCACAGUUGCCGUCUUCCUCCGCCUGCCGAUACUCAUCAAGGGCAUACUGUUGGCUGUCAUCACAGCCGGCUACGUCUCCGUCAUACUUGCCUAUCACAAAGACCUCUUUGAUUGCUACGAUAUGAUGACGGAUGUGGGCGUGGUGGGGUCAGCGUGGUCGAUGUGCCUGUGGUCGUUGCUGCUGGCAGUGGGAGUGUUGCUGCACGCGCGACAGACAGAGUGGACCGCACGCCUCGACUUCCUCUGGCAGGCGCAAGCGAGAGACGAGAAACGAGACAUGGACGCGCUACAGGCGUCCAACAAGAGGAUAUUGUUCAACUUGCUGCCCGCGCACGUGGCCACGCAUUUCUUAGACAACCAGUUCAGAACUAACAUGGACCUGUACCACCAGUCGUACCAGCGCGUGGGCGUUGUUUUCGCCUCCAUCACCAACUACCACGAGUUCUACAUGGAGUUGGACGGAAACAACCAGGGCAUGGAGUGUCUGCGGCUGCUCAAUGAAAUCAUUGCCGAUUUUGAUGAGCUCUUAGGUGAAGACCGUUUCAGUCCAAUAGAUAAAAUCAAAACAGUUGGAUCGACGUACAUGGCAGCCGUCGGCCUCAUCCCUGACAAGAAGAUGACGGACGAUCCCAGCACCAGGAAACACAUGGCCACUCUUGUCGAAUUUGUGUUUGCGAUGCGAGACAAGUUGAAAGAUAUCAACGACAACUCUUACAACAACUUCAUGCUGCGCGUUGGAAUAAACGUCGGACCUGUCGUCGCUGGAGUUAUAGGCGCGCGAAAACCACAGUACGACAUUUGGGGCAACACCGUCAAUGUAGCUUCACGGAUGGAUUCCACCGGCCUGCCCAACCACACGCAGGUCACAGAAGAAGUCUACCAAGUGCUGAAGGACAUGCCCUAUCAGUUCGUCUGUCGAGGGAAAGUUAAAGUGAAAGGCAAGGGCGAAAUGACGACUUACUUUUUAACGGACCGAACGCUAGACAACGGCGGCGGUCAGAACAAUUCCAACGGUCAACCUCAGAACCCGCCGUCGGCGUACGGCGGCGUCGCCACUCCGCUCGCCAUGCUGCAGAACUCCGCGAGGCGUGCCGCCGCACAACCCUCCAGGCUGCCGCCGCUGCGGGAGUCCACGGGCUCGGGCGAAAACGAGCCUCUCCUGCCUCCUAAUGGACAACAAAAUGGAAACAACCAUAAAGGGACGAAGGGACGUCGAAACAAGGAUCAAGACGACAACCCGCCCCCGCCUCCGCCCCACGGGAUCUCCGCCAACCCCAGAUGGCCGCCGCCGCGGGCCCUCGUGCCGCCGUGGCCGCGGCCACAGGAGCCGAGGCCCCCGGUGGUGCACAAGAGGAGGCCGCCCACGAGACUGCCGAGGCCGCGGUCGAGCGAGAGCUUGCCCCUAGCGCGGAGUCCUCGAGUCCACUCGUCCGCAGACGAGCUCAGCUCCCUCACUCGCUCGCCCAGCCUCAGCUCCUCCGACGAGAGCUACUCACGCACCACCGACGCCUCGCCCUCCCCGCCGCGCCCCGCCGCCUGGCUGCCUCCCGCGCGCCCCUCCCGCAACGACAUCACCUCCGCCUACGACUACCCCGUCCUCCGCACCAAUAAACCCACCGCUAAUGUUAUUAACGAAUUAUACGCGAAACAUAAACUCUCGAACAAACCGGUCCUGGAGGACAAGAUUCUCGACGACAUCGGCUAUCAAAAGGAGGAGGAAAAGUUGCAUCGGAGCAUCUUGAACAUGCUCCAGACAUCUGCGAAACGAGACAGCUGCAGUCAGACCGACAAAAAGGACGUAUCGAGUCGCCUGGCGCCGAGGACCAACUCCUUCUCCAGCUCCGGCAGUCGGCCGACCAACUUGAAGCACCUGAACCACGACGGCAGGGAGGUGUUCAGCAAACGCAGCCCCUCCGACGUCGCCUGCGUGCCGCCCUUCGAGAGAGAGAUACAGAGGCUUCUAGACGAUAAGAAUAUUAUUAUGAACAAUCCUCCUAAAAAUGAAAGAAAGGAUCUGAACCUUGAACUUAGGAGUCAGAACUCGUCGCUGGAAGUGGGGCGCAGCGCCAACAACAACAGCAGCCCGCUGCACGCGGUUGGACUGGCCGCCAUCGCGCAGUUGGCGCGCCGCGAGCCCAGCCCCGCGCCCACGCACCCGCCCCCGCCCGCGCCCACGCACGCCCACACCCAUGCCCACACUGACUUCCCCGGCGUUCUGCCCACUGACGUCGUCGUGUGUCUGCCCUCGCGCGACAACACGCCCGGCGGCACCUUCGAUAGAAAAAUCGAUAGCAGUACCAAAGAAAAACACGAAAACGACGCUCACGAGCGACUACAUAACCGGGUUACGACUUCGAAUCACAGAGAGAUGAAUCUGUACGGGGAGAGUCAGUCGGAGUGGAGCUCGUCGUGCUCGGAUGGCGAGGGCGACGGGGAGGGCGAGGGGGAGUGCGGGCAGCCGGAGAGCACGGGCUACACCACCGACGACCCCGCGCUGGAGAACGUAUCCAUGCUGAACGAGGCUGGCCUCACGGAUGCAGAGGCGGCCCUCAGCGACGUCAACUCCUGCUACUUCGACCGCGACGACGACGUCUCCUCCCGCGCUUCCUCCCGCCUCCUCGACUCCGAGGCGCUCGUCUCCCUCGAGAGCCUCAGCGCGAUAUACGACUCGGAUGAGCCCGCGCACAGGUACUUGGCGAACAUACGCACCGUCAGCGAAUCUAUAACGAGGAACUUCGGCCAACCUGCACACGUUACUGACGGCGAGAGUGAUGUUUAGUGAACGCUCUUGGCAGUGGCAUGCUUAUUGCUUCCGAUAUUUUUAGACAAACUUGUACUUUAUCAAUGGUUGCUUCGUGAUGUGUUGUGAUAUCGAAGGCGAUAUAAAGGAUCCAAAGAUACAUAAUGAAGCGUUCUGUUUGGCUCUCUAACAGAAAAUACUCAAAAUUUAUUGUUACAAAUCGAUUUGUUUGAAUUUCAUCGAGUUGCGUGUCAAUGCCAAAGAUUUAAAUACAUAUUUACUGGAAGAGAUCUGAAUUUUUAAUCGAUCAAUAAGAAGAUUAUGAAGAUAUUUUCAUGUCCGAUCUUGUAUGUAUUUUAAUCUUUGGUGCUGUAAAAAGUGCACAGUUUAACAUUAGUGAUAUUUAAAAUCGAAUAUGACAUUUAUUUCCCUUUUUGCCUUACAACAAAGUAAUGUAUUACGUGUAAAUUGUCAAUAUGUAUGUAGUUAUGUUAGGCUGUAUAUUGGUGUACAGUCGCCGUGAGACGGCUCCCAGAGUUACGGUACGCAUGAUCUCUACAAUUGUAAGGUGCUCUCAAUUAGAAUUAUUCGUCGUUUAUCUUGUGAUAAUGUUGUAGGGAGUUUUCUAGCGACCAAUAUCUGUGAGUCAGUGUAUAUUAGGGCUGGCCCCUCACCUGUACAAUGUAUCGUUUCAACUAUAAUAUAUAAUGUAUUGUGAAUAGUACAUAAUGUUAUAAGGAUUUUGCAUUUCAAUACAUAAUAGAUUAGUGGUUACCAUAUAUCCAAAUAAGUUUAAUUGAUUAUUUACAUUAACUUUUAAAAAGUGAGGUUAUUAAAAACUUGUAUCCUUGUUUCUUAUCUGACAUGACGUAGACUAUAUUAUUUAUAUCAAUCUAAAGAUACGCAGUAGCACAAAAUAAUUUCGAUUUAAUAUUCGUUCCUGAAGAAUUAUUUCAUAACAAUUAUUAUAAUACGAUGAUAUGAUUAAUUCACUUAUUUCCCCGUUGACAUUAACUACUCCAUUAUUUUCUUCUAGUCACAUCAUCUCUUAUUUUCUGCACUAUAUUCCUUGAUGACGUCAUCGUGCCAUUAUUAAAAAUAAAAUUUACUUUAUCGUUACAAUUAUUACAAUUAAGUCACAAAUUAUGUGACCAAAGUAAUACCUCAUAAUAUAAACGAUAUUUUCUGUAUUUUAAAAAGCUCUCGACAUAUUUUACGUUUUAGCCAUACGAUAUUUAUAUUUUAGUGUUACAGUUUAAUUUAACAUAGUACAGUGCCACAUAUCGGUCGGUUGUAGGUAAAGAAUAUAAUAAAAAAACUGGACAAUAGUACAACCAAAAAAUAAAUACCAUUUAGUGAAUAUUUGUUGUAGAAUAUUCUCCACGAUGGAAUACAAAUUUUAAUAAUAAUCAAUUGUCAAUUUCUUAUAAUAGAUGUAAGCAGUAAUUGAUUUUAAAUAAUUUUCGCUUCUGAUUUGACUCGGGGAUACUGUUAUAGAUUUAGGGCGAGCGUACUUAAUGCUAUUGUUUCCAUUGCUGUGUAUGACUCAACUUGAAUCAAUGCGUUAAUCGCGAAACACAAAAUGGACGUAGUUAUUGUAAUUCAUGUCGAUACAGUAUUGUUUACAUAAUUUUUGCCUUGGUAUUGAGAGUAUAGUUAAUAUAUAAAUAGUGGUUCAUUAUUAACAGGCGUUCGGUGCCUUUCAACUAGCCUCUAUUUAAUGUAUUUGAUAAAUAAACUUAUAGUAUACUCGUGUGAGGUCUUAUGAUGUUAAGCAAAUUGAUUUUCACAACUUUUUAAUGUAUUUCUUAUAAUAUUCGCUAUUUUAAAUAACCGGGGUGAAGUUGGCCAUAAUUCAAAUUAAACAAAAUAUAGUAUCGUACAUAACUCGAUAAUUUGAUUGUGUGAAGUUGGCAAUAAGUUACGCUAAUUUUGUCAAAAGAUGAUGUUAUACUAUUACCGACAGCAAUUACUAAACCGUUAACUUUAGUCUAACUUCAAAUUAUUUUAGUAAAACUAAGAAUGUUAUUUGACAUUUCUAACCUA